AUGAUCUGCAUUGUACUUCAGACCAGCUUCCCAAUUGCCUUCUCAAUCCCAUUUGGGACAAUUCAGUGGAUCAGGGCGAUCCUUUUGAGUNAAACCCAUGAUCUGCAUUGUACUUCAGACCAGCUUCCCAAUUGCCUUCUCAAUCCCAUUUGGGACAAUUCAGUGGAUCAGGGCGAUCCUUUUGAGUCUGCAUUGGGCUCCAUGGUCUCAUCUCCGGCCACUUCCAAUGCCGGAGUUCCCGGGACCGGCGGUGACAGCAUUGUCCUCAGAGAACUGAUCGGAAAACUGCGAAUGAUUUGCAACUCCAGCGAAAAUUCAUUUGAAUCUUACUUUGGUGGCAAUAAUAACACAAACACUUCAUGUUAUAACCCACCCUUGAACUCCCCUCCCAAGAUCAACCUGUCAAUGGUGGAUAAUCAGUGUAAAUAUUUUCCAAGUCAUCCAAAUUUGGCACCAUUUCCAAAACAUUUGCCUGAAUUGCCUCACAAAUUGACACAGAGAUUGGAUUCAAGCAAACUCUCAAGAGUUUCAAGUAAUAAUUCCAUCAAGUUUGCUGGAUCUCCAUUUGGGGUUCAAGAAAAUUUGUUGCAGGAGAAAAUUUCGGCUUCUGAAAAUACAGAAUUGGGAAAUUAUAGGGAGGAAUCUUCGGUUUCUGAGCAAAUCCCAGUUGGGGAUGUUGGCUUGAAAGCUCAGAUUGAUGGAAAUUCCAGAAAGAGAAAAUCGAUUCCGAGGGGAAAAGCCACAGAAGAGCCAUCAUCUGCCUCUGCUAAAGAUGCUAAGGUACCUUGCCUAUCAAAAAANCAGAUUGAUGGAAAUUCCAGAAAGAGAAAAUCGAUUCCGAGGGGAAAAGCCACAGAAGAGCCAUCAUCUGCCUCUGCUAAAGAUGCUAAGGCUGCAGCAGAGAAUGAUGAAUCAACUUCAAAAAGAAGCAAACCAGAUGAAGCCAAUGGAAAUGAAAAAGAUGAUGCAAAAGCAAAAGGAGAAGAAAAUGAAACUAAGGAAAUUCAAAAUACUUCAGAACCUCCAAAAGACUAUAUUCAUGUUCGAGCUCGAAGAGGUCAGGCCACAGAUAGCCAUAGUCUUGCUGAGAGGGUCCGAAGAGAAAAAAUUAGUGAAAAGAUGAAGUUCCUUCAAGAUCUUGUACCAGGUUGCAACAAGGUGACUGGGAAAGCUGUUAUGCUUGAUGAAAUUAUAAACUAUGUGCAGUCAUUGCAGAGGCAGGUUGAGUUUCUUUCGAUGAAAUUAACCACUAUCAAUCCCGGAAUGGACUUUAACAUGGGAGCUGUUUUGCUGAAGGAUAUCUUCCCGUCUCAUAGAUCUUUGCCACAAAAAAAGUGCCCUUUAGAUUCAACAGCACAUAUAUUUCCUUAUGCAUUACACUCUCAACAAAGGCCAAGACUGCAUAGUGACAUUCCUAAUGGAAUAGAUAGUCCAUGGUCAACAAUGAAUGCUGCAAUGCAUCAAAAUCCAAGCAUGGAACUGCCUUCAAUCAAUGGUUUUGGUGAAGCUUCCUCCAGGGUUCCGAUAUUCUGGGAGGAUGACAUCCAAAGCCUUGUUCAGAUUGGGUUUGGCCAAAACCAACCACAGAACCACCAAAGUGAGAAAAAAAAUUUAUUGAGUUUAAUGAAGUGCUAUAAGAGUCUAAUUGAUAUCAACCAACUUGAUUUUUGUAGCAUCUUAUGCACACUUAUCUUUUGAUGCAG